CCGGACACGGAGCUCCCCCCCCCCCCCAGCACCUCCUGGAUGGCUUGAUAUCUGAGCGGGAGGGCUUUCUUUUAAAGAGAAGAAGAAGAAGACAGAGAAGAAGAAGAAGAAGAGGGGCUCCCCGAAUUUAAAGAGCAAGUUCCGGCAGAGACGACUAGACGAGCAUCGCGACUGAAGGUUUGAGAGUUUCCCUCCUGUUCCAGAGGCAAAAUGAGCUGGAGCUUCCUCACACGGCUGUUGGAUGAAAUUUCCAAUCAUUCCACUUUUGUGGGUAAAAUCUGGCUCACCCUCCUCAUCGUCUUCCGCAUCGUGCUCACAGCGGUCGGGGGAGAAUCCAUCUAUUAUGAUGAACAGAGUAAAUUUGUGUGCAACACUCAGCAACCCGGUUGUGAGAACGUGUGCUAUGACGCAUUUGCGCCGCUGUCACAUAUUCGCUUUUGGGUGUUUCAGGUGAUUAUGAUCACCACCCCCACCAUCAUGUACCUUGGCUUUGCUAUGCAUAAGAUCGCCCGCAUGGAGGACGAGGACUACCGGCCCAGGAAGAGGAUGCCCAUAGUGAGCCGCGGUGCCAACCGGGACUAUGAGGAAGCAGAGGAUAACGGGGAAGAGGACCCCAUGAUCCUGGAGGAGAUUGAGCCUGACAAGGAAAAGGAGGUUGUGGAGAAGCCCAGCAAAAAGCACGAUGGACGCCGCCGCAUCAAGAGAGAUGGUCUGAUGAAGGUCUACGUGUUCCAGCUGCUAUCACGUGCCAUCUUUGAGGUCUCCUUCCUGUUUGGACAGUACAUCCUUUAUGGGAUAGAAGUGGUGCCGUCCUAUGUAUGCACGCGCUCUCCCUGCCCGCACACAGUGGAUUGCUUCGUCUCGCGUCCUACAGAGAAAACAAUCUUCCUGCUCAUAAUGUACGCCGUCAGCGCCUUGUGUCUGCUCUUCACCUUGUUGGAGAUCCUCCACCUUGGCAUCAGCGGUGUUCGCGACUGCUUUUGUGCACCAAGGCCUUCCACACCCCGCCACCCAGCUCUGGCGAGCCAGAGAUCCUCCAUCUGCCGCCAGCCCUCUGCGCCUCCAGGCUACAACACAGCUCUGAAGAAGGACCCAACAGGAAAAAUGAACUUUAGGGACAACCUGGUGGACUCGGGCCGCGAGUCGUUUGGGGACGAGGCUUCGUCACGGGAGCUGGAGAGGCUGCGCAGACACCUUAAACUUGCCCAGCAACAUCUGGAUCUGGCUUACCAGAACGAAAGCCCGUCACGCAGCAGCAGCCCGGAGUCCAAUGGCACGGCAGUCGAGCAGAACAGAUUAAACUUUGCCCAGGAGAAGCAGAGCAGCACAUGUGAGAAAGGUCUCCGUGCGUAGGUUGUCACCCGCUGAACACUUCACACCAGGAGCACAUAAGGAAUCUAAAUGGUGAUCGUGUGCAUGUGUGAUGUCAUGAACUUGCUUGAGGUGGAUGAAGUCAGCUCAAGCCUUCCAGUGUUACGAGCCCACAGUGGUCGAGCAACGAGUCGAACGAGGAGGAGAAUGGUUGUCUCAACUCAGCAAUACUUGAGACGCCAGCCUGUCUGAAGAUCCAAAGUGCUAACAAACUACCGUCGUGCAACAAGAAUGGUUAUGGUUAACGUCUCCCUCAGGGCAGCUAUUCCUCUUUUCCUUAUUUGAUAGUUUUUAUAAUGAGACUUAGAGUUAUUAGUCCUUUUUUUAAGAGUUUGUCCUCCGUUGGAAGUUCACAGUGAGUGCAUCUCAAGUUUGCCUUAGACUGAAACUUGAACUUCACAUGAUGGCAUUUUGUAAGGCCAAGCCAGUCGUAGUGCAAAACAUGUUUAAACUGUAGGAUUUUGUGAGGAACUGAAUCAGCGAGUGCUUGUAGAUAAAUGUUGAAGGCACAAUUCGUAAAAAAAUGAAAAAAGGAAGGUACUGGAUGUUUGUCGUGCUGAUGAAGACUUGUUCAUACGAAGGUUUCUUUCAAGUGUGUUGUCUUUUUUUUGUUUUUCUUCCACAAUGAUGGUACUGGGCCAGUCAACAUUCCCAAAGUCUGGUGCCUGGUAAAGUAACUGGAACACACUUGGGGUGCCUUUCUCCAAAGGAAUAAACAAACCUGGGUAAUGCUUGAAAAACAUGUAACUCUUGAUAUUGUAUUGUUUUAAACUUUGUAUUUGACACUGUUCUUUAUUUUUGUACUAGUAUAGAAUAUUGUGGUAUUGAAAAUAGGCUCUUGUCACUGUGGCCAACAUUUUUCUCUUCUUUUGGUUAAAGAAUGACAUUCAUACUUGCUUCGCUCCCCAAAGUGUUAUUCAACCGACGGACUAGUGCACGCUGAAAACGGUUCGGUGCAUCAGCUUCUGUCAUGUUAGUAACGUCGUCUUUAAAAGCUCAACAACAUGCAAUCUAUUUGAAUAGGUGCACAUCAUCUUUCACCAGCAAGUGCUUCCUCUUUCAGACCCAAAUGUAAUCGUUUAAUAAGGGAAAAUACUGUGCGUCAUGUUCUAUGUCUGAAAGUGCUGAUGUUUGGAUCGUUGUUGCGACCGUUCCAGAGUCUCAAUAAGGGGGUUGGUAAAUGAUGUAAUCAUUUCAAUGUGAAUUCAGUUGCAUGUAUGCGCUCUAAGAUGCCAACUUUUUCUAUUCUGAAUCAUACCCACAGUGCCGUUGGUGCCAACUCGAAUAUUGUCAUCUCAACUUAUUUUUGACCUAUGCUUUUUGUACUUUUAUACGUUUUGUAUUGAUAGUACUUUGUGGUUAGAAUUUUUUUAAAUAAAACAUUUUCAGCAAAUGCCA